GCUUGCAUAAUCAUAAAUCACUUCUUCUUUUUUUCUGUUUUUUUUCCUUUUCUUCCCGUAUGAUCAGACUCUAAAAUUCUGAUGAACAGAGAGAACAAGGCGGUGAAAGAGAUUGAGAAAAUUGGGGCAUGAAAAGACAACGCCGCAGCAUCUUGUUAAAUGGAAGCUAUUCGAUUAUUUCGCCCUCUCGAUCACUCAAUUUUACACAUAUAUAAUUCAAAUGGAAUCACUCUCCACAACGAAUGAUAUCAUGAUCAAGCACGAAGAAGGUUCCGCGUCAUAUCAAUCCGAUGAGGAUAUGCGCAGUCUGUGCGUGACGCAUCCAGAUUAGUAUGUGCGAUAUGUUUUGUGGGGGUUUUAUCACAUCAUCAGUGGCUUCAACGCAAUUAACUGCCAGCAAUGCUGUGGAACAUCACUCUGUUAGAUUAAUGAAGCUAAGCAAGCUCCACAUACAAGAAGGAAUCAUACAAGUUGGUGGACAGAAUACAAAGAAUUACAGCCACUGAAGUCUUUCUGUGUAAGGAUUCAAAGAAGGCGAUUGCAAGAAUCUGGAAAACUCUAUUAUAUUAAGAAGGCAUGGAUAAGGUUAAAAGGUUCGCUGCAGAGAGGAGUGUGGUCAUAUUCAGCAAGAGCUCGUGCUGCCUAUCAUAUGCAGUUAACAUUCUAUUUGGGGAACUUGGAGUCAAUCCUUUUGUUUAUGAGAUUGACCAAGACCCUGACUGCAGGGAAAUAGAGAAAGCGCUCGUAAAGUUGGGAUGCAAUGCACCAGUACCAGCCGUCUUCAUCGGUGGAAAGCUGGUCGGAUCCACGAAUGAGAUCAUGUCGCACCACCUUAGUGGUGAUCUGACCAAAAUGCUGGUGCAAAGUCAUGCCUUGAAUAAAUACUAAAUCCAUUCACUAUUCUGUUGGAGAAGAAAAAACAGUAAUAAGUUGGCUCAAGCUUAUUAAUGCAAUAAUUUAUGUCGUGUUGUAUGUGUCGAGAAUUAUGUAGCAAUUAUUUAGCUGUGUAGUAUUUGUAAUGCGCUUUUCAUUGUUAAUGAAGUUGGCUCCUAUUUUAUUGUGUUUAUA